UGCGCGUGCGCGUGUCUGAGACGCAGCUGCUGCUGUCAUGGCAGAAAACAACGACGGCGAGAUCAUCGAGCACCAUGACGACGAAGAGAUGGAGAAAAUGCGAAGGCCGAGAAACGAGUCUCAGUCGUUUAUGGAGAGCGUCAGAGCUGCAGAGAGGGACAGACACAGCAGCACGCAGUCCUCACACCGCCUGCUGGCGUACAGUGACGCUCUCAUCUCCAUCAUCGCCACUGUCAUGAUAUUACCUGUUGCCCAUAUACAAUUUCAAGACAAUGAGGAACUGACAAAAAGCAUCCAAGCGAUCCUCGCCACUAAGAUUGCUGUAUACCUGAUGACAUUUUUGAUAGUAACUGUUGCCUGGGCAGCACAUAUAAGAUUGUUUCAGGUCAUCGAACGCAUCGAUGACACACUUGCACUUCUUAAUUUGGCUUGUAUGAUGCUGAUUACAUUUCUCCCAUACACAUUUUCUUUGAUGGCAACUUUCCCAAAUAACACCCUUGGCAUUCUCCUGUUUUGUGCCUGCGUCAUCGUAAUCGGCCUCAUUCAGGCGGUUAUCGUCUUGUAUGGCUUCAGCCAUCCUUUCCUCCUAAACGAACACAUCCAGAUGUCAGAAAAUCAGGCCUAUUACAGACGGCAUGUACUUGAAGUUAUAAUGCGGGUUCCUAUAAUAUGUUUCUUCGCUGGCAUCUUUGCAUUCAUUUAUUUUCAAGUGUCAUAUGUCCUGCUGGCUCUUGUCAUAUUCCUUCCUUAUAUAUCUCAGGCAGUGGCAUGGAUUUGGACUAAAGUCACUGGUAGUCAGAUGGAGGAGACGCCAGACUCCAUGCUUUUUUAUACGUACCAUCCUAGUGAACCACUAAGCAAAGAGCGAGUAGAGGCUUUCAGUGAUGGCGUUUAUGCCAUUGUAGCUACUCUUCUCAUCUUGGAUAUAUGUGAGGACAAUGUGCCGGACCCAUCUGUCGUGAACAAGGAGUUUGACGGCAAUCUCUUCAAUGCCUUGCACCAGUAUGGCCCAGAGUACCUGGCCUAUUUCGGCUCCUUCGCCACAGUGGGCUUACUGUGGUUCGUGCACCAUUCCCUCUUCCUGUACGUCACCCGUGCUACGCGUUUAAUGGGUCUCUUCAACACAUUCUCGCUAGCUUUUAUAGGCGGCCUGCCCCUAGCCUACCAGCUAACACAUGAAUUUCCCCGUGGCUCUCGAAACGAACUUGAAGCCAUCCAGAUCAGCUGUGUGAUCAUUUUCUUUGCCGGCAUCUUUCAGCUGGCCAUGUGGGUUACAGCCCUCUUCAUAGAGCGCGAGACGCUCCACCCGUACGUGUGGCACGGAGGCCGAGAGCAUGCUUUCAUGCUCGCUAAGCUGUUGCUCUACCCCCUGGUGGCGCUCGGGACUUUUUUCUGCACAUGUAUCCUUAGCCGCUUCAGCUCGCCCAUCUUUCACCUGAUGCAGAUCGCAGUUCCGUUCGCGUUCCUGCUGCUGAGGUUAAUGGUGCGAGUGAUGCUGGCCAUCCUGAGGUGGCUGUUUUGUCCAAAGACACCUAAUGAAAGGAAUGCAUUGGUGGAAGAGGAGGAUGUUCGUGUACCUUUCACGGACAUCAUCACCUAGCAGGACUUGGUUAACCCGCGUUAAAAUCCAGCCAAGUGUAUGGGGCCAUUUUUACAAAGAAUUCCUCCAUAAACUUUUGCAACCUGAUACUUUAAUUGCCUGCUGCAAAGUAUGUUUGGAGGAAUUUUGACAACAUUUGCAACUCUAAAACAAUCAGCAUCGACUAGCAGUUAAUUAAUAGUACUGUUAUGAAGUUUUGUUAUGAGAAUGAAUGUCACUGCUAAAUCCAUCCUAGAUUUAAUGCUAUACUUUUUCUUUUUUUUUUAAAUACAAGCUGGAUCAGGUAAAGUCUCAUAAAAUAGCAGGUGAAUGAGAGGUGAAGUCUAGAAGUGUUGUAUUAAAUUAAACUCUAGCUUACUUAAAACACAAGGUAAACAUAAUACCUAAAAUAAUAAACCUCCCUCCUGCAAAAUAUUAAUCUGAUCUAAACAUUUAAAUGAUUUCCACUUAUAAGCACUUUUAAAUUUUUCAUGUGCAGACCUUACUAUGCUGUAAUACACUGCCCAACCGAAGAAAAAAAAAGAAAGUCACACUUCCCAAAAAUUCUCAGUGGACUUAAGGUUUGGACUCUGGUGGCCAAUCCAUGUGUAAUAUAUGUCUCAUUCUCCCUGAACCACUCUUUCACAAUUUGAGCUUGUUGAAUCCUGGCAUCAUCAGG